AUGCGGCCCAGUCUCACCCAGACCCUAGCUCCAGUGGCCCCCAAGUAAAUUGAGUUUGAGACCCCUGCUUUAAGUUAUCUGGACUCCUUAAUGACGGGACACGAUUUGCUCAGUUUUUCAGCUUCAGCUUCCUAAGGACUUCCUCCUGAAAUAACUCCACAUCAAGUUGGGAAUGCUGAGCAGCCCGUAUGAAUGAACACACGGGUUCUGUCGGCAUGCUUGCCGAAGGGUCACAGCAAAAAAGCUGCACAUCCACCUCCCCCCCCUCCACUUUCCUUGCACUGGUGGGCGUGAGCUUACUCUGCGAGUGCGUUGGUGCUACCAGGGCGCAUGCGAACUGAGGCCCAAACGGGGAAAGCCUUGCACACAGAUCUAAGCCAGCUGCUUUGAUUAAACCAGACUCCCAAGACCAUCCACCCCCCCAAAACCAUUAGAGCAGCUCUACACUCAGCAGGCGAGCACAUGCAAACUUUAGCUUUAGCUUUUUGUCAGCGAUACUCCCCCCUUAAAGGGGCACCCGAGGCCCUGCGACCCCCCCGUGUGAGUGUGAAGCUCCACAGAAGAGGGGAGGAGGGACGUUAGCGGGAGGUGGGAGGCCUACGGUGGGGCUACAGACUUAGCAGUCGCCAGGAAGCGAGGAGAAGAUGGCCACAGGAGACAUCACAACGCUUCCCACCACGCCUGAAGACGGCGGCAACGGCGGCUUCCCCCCCGGAACCUUCAAGGAUCCCAAGAGGUUGUACUGCAAAAACGGGGGCUUCUUCUUGAGGAUAAAACCGGACGGCGCAGUAGACGGAAUCCGGGAGAAGAGCGAUCCCUACAUAACACUUCAGCUGCAGGCGACCUCGGUGGGGGAGGUGGUCAUCAAAGGGAUCUCCGCCAACCGCUAUCUGGCCAUGAACAGAGACGGACGACUGUUUGGAGCGAGACGCGCAACGGAAGAAUGCUACUUCCUGGAGCGCUUGGAGAGCAACAACUACAACACCUACCGCUCCAGGAAAUACCCUAGCAUGUACGUGGCGCUGAAGAGGACCGGCCAGUACAAGUCUGGAAGCAAAACCGGACCGGGUCAGAAGGCGAUACUGUUUCUACCGAUGUCCGCCAAGUGCUAAGGUUGGACAAACGUCUACGGUUUGAUGGCGGUGAAGGAAGGUACUGUAGCUGUGAUCUUUUAUGACCCCCCCCGACCCCCCACCCCCACCUGCUUGACUUUUCGAAACUAUGGGAACUAGUUUUUUUUACUGCAGAGUACUGCAGACAACUUCACUUGACACACGUUUUUUUGAACUUCGAACACUUAAGAGGACUCGGAAUUUCCUGAAGUGUCUUGCAGUCUUUGCACCGCACUGGACCGGAACACAAAAACCGAUCCCGAGGCAAAGUGACGUUCAGUCCGGUGACGGAGCUAGCUUAGAAGUUAGCUUAGAGGGUUUCUUCUCCCAACUCAUCAAAUACGACUAUGCCCCUAAAGUAGGUUCAUUCAGUUUUUCGGGGGGGGGGGGGGGGGGUGGUUCACCAGCCUGGUCAAAUUAAAUAGAGCGCUAGCUUGGUUUUUGUAUACCCGCACCCAAGGAUUGGGUUUGUGACAUAUUAUUAUUUUGUUCAGUGUGGCUAACAAGUGGUUCUUUUCGAGUUGGGACACCAUGGACAGAUCAUCAUUAUUUUGCGUGUUUUUGUUUGAUUUACUCAUAGUUUUAUUUGUUCAUGGCAGGCGCGCAGAACAAUGAACAAUGAACAAAUUCUGUACAGUCAUCCCUCGCCACUUUGUGAUGCUAAUUUUCCAGUUUGAUUCCAUCGUGGUUGCUGAAAAAUACACUAGUUCAUACAUCGUUACUCUUAACAUAUUUAUGUAAAUUUAUGAAUUUUGUUAGCCUAACUUAAGCAUAAAAAUGGCAAAUAUAAGGCUUUCAGAAAAUGCAUCCGUGUUGUAGUAUGUCGUAUUCGACAUUGGUCGCUAGGUGGCAGUAAUGUUACAUUGAUGAAACUGGAGGAAGUAGAAAAAGUACGAGGGUUUCUCCCAAUGCUAGCAUGUUUGAGUCUUAUACUAUGUCUACUAUGUUGGAUAAUAGGAGUUUAAAGGUGACCAUAGGGGUGUUAUUUCUUGUCUAGAGGGCUCUAAUUGUGUUUAAAAUAUUCAAUUUAGAAAUAAGCUAUGCUACUUUGUGGAAAAAAAUUAUUACGGAAAUGAUUAACCGUGAUCAAGGAUUUACUUUGGGGGCGUUCAAGCACACUUUAUGAGUGGUCAGAGUGUUGAGUAUGGCUGUCAAUCAAGCCACCGAUUGGGGAACUUGUGGAAUCGGGACUGUUGAUUCUUUUGUACAAAAAAAACAGCCCCCGGUCUUAUUUUUUUUUUUCAAGUUUUGUGCACGUGAAUGUAACAGGACUUGAGGUCUGUCAAUGAUCCAAAAACGGUAUCUCCGUCAGUUUUCAUAAAAACGUGCUUUUUUUCACAUAAUUCAUUUGGAACAUGAUUGGUUUGAAAUACUUUUUUUUAGUUGUUCAGUGUUAAAAAGCGAAAGCAAACUAAUUCCGAACCCGCAACGAUCCGGCACCAAAUAACACAUCCAGCUCCAACCGGGACUUGAACAAUCUCAAAAACUGCAAAAAUUGCCUACUUUUUAUUCAGUUCCUUCAAGUGUAGGGGCACUGCCCCACGUAGUUUGUUGCUAUUUGCUGAGUUGGGAUGAUAGAAAAUCCGGUUGUCAAAUGCACUGUUUGUCUGAAAUGCAUGAAUGGGCUCAACGGCGUUAAAGUCCAUGAGUGGGCAGUCGUGAUAAUUUGUGUGAGUGCACAGCACCCGAGCCCAAAGAAAACCAAGUCCACGACUAAGACUGCGGAAUCUGUCUGUGGUAAAGCUGGUAAAACAUCCCAGAGUAAACGGACGGGAGCUCCUCCAUGGUGAGGUCAAUGUGCUGGAAGCCGCGCUCCAGACCGUGGAGCAGCAGCUUGGCUACGCGGGACGUGAUGGGCGUGGUCUGGGCGGUCCGGGCUAGCUCGUUCAGGUCGAGCCACUCGCAUCGCAGACACUCGUGGGGGCAGAAGUCGAUGCGGUAGCUGAGCGGGCUGAGGCGGCAGAUGAUGUACAUGUCGGACAUGCCAAAGGCGCCCGGGUGCUGGUGUUGCUGCCGGAUGCUCAGCAGGGAUCGGAACUCGGAGCGAACGCCCGUUUCCUCAAAGACUUCCCGUACCGCCGUCGCUCCUGUAGGGUGAAAGAGCGACAUGGGUGUCGAUUUUUCUAACAAGUCGGACACUAAAGCUGCUUUUUUUUUUUUUUUUGCAUGCAUCGAAUGCACCUCCAUUGAAUGUACUCACCGGUACUGUAUUAGCGGCUUUGCUAACAAACUCACCGAUAUUCUCUCCUGGAUCCGACAAACCGCCAGGAAACUUCCAGGCAUUCAGACUCUGACAAGAAGCAACAUCGGAUAUGGAUAUUAGUACAUUUACAUAUUAGUACAUUUACAUAUUACUACAUUUGAGUACAACCUGAGAACUCUAGUUGGAGUAGCUAUUUAGUUCCCUGUUUUGUAGUCGUGGUGAGCAAUGAAGUGCCGCUAGAGCGCUAGUGUUUGGCGGAAAAACUGUUGAAAUAACAUUUAAAUUUUUUUUUGAGGCGUGUGUCACAUGGUUUGAAGUGGGAGGAGCCAGUUGACACUAUAGCAUCUUGAAGCCUUGAUGCUAGCUGCAUAGGAUUUUACACUUGUGAAAACAAUUAUAUUAUUCCAUCAUUAAUAAUUACAAAUUUUAUCAUUUCUGGAAUAUGGUUGUAAAAACAUCAGAAUAUUUAAAAAAAAAAAAAGUAAUAAACUUAUAUAGUCAUAAAUUUAUGAGAAUAAAGUCGUAAAUUUACAAAAAAAAGUUGUACUGUCACGAGAAUAAAGUUGGAAAAAAAUUGUGAAUUUACAAGAAAAAUGUCUUUACAAAAAAGUGAAAAUUUCUGAGAAAGUCGUAAAUUUGAAAUUUUAUUUUUGUAAAAAAAUGUAAAUUUACAAGAAAAAAGUUGUACCGUUACGAGAAUAAAGUUGGAAAAAAGUUGUGAAUUUACAAGAAAAAUGUCUUUACAAUUUCUGAGAAAGUCGUAAAUUUGAAAUUUUAUUUUCGUAAAAAUUGUAAAUUUACGAGAAAAAAGUUGUACUGUCACGAGAAUAAAGUUGGAAAAAAGUUGUGAAUUUACAAGAAAAAUGUCUUUCCAAAAAAGGUGAAAAUUUCUGAGAAAGUCGUAAAUUUGAAAUUAAAUUUUCGUAUAAAAUUGUAAAUUUACGAGAAAAAAGUUGUACUGUCACGAGAAUAAGUUGGAAAAAAGUUGUGAAUUUACAAGAAAAAUGUCUUUCCGAAAAAGGUGAAAAUUUCUCAGAAAGUCGUAAAUUUGAAAUUUUAUUUUCGUAAAAAAUUUUAAAUUUACGAGAAAAAAGUUGUGCAUUUACGAAAAGUCAUAAUGUUACAUGAAGUCAUAAAUUCACUAGAAUUAAGUUGUUGACUUUAUUCUCAAAAGUUGUACAUUUAAAAAAAAUUGUUCAAAAAAAAUUUACGAGGGGAAAAAAAGUCGUAAAUUUACGAAAAUAAACUCGUAAAAUUACAUGUCAGAGGGAAAACAGAGUACAGUUCUUCGGGAAGGAACGAAACUUUCCUCUCGCUUCAGGUAAGCUUUUAUUUAUAACGUGGCAGCAAAACAUUAGCAUGGCUAGCUAGCCCUUCCCACUUCCUCCUCCGCAUGCCAACUUAUUUUAUACCAACUUAUUUUUUUCUCGUAAAUUUACGACUUUAUUCUUGGAAUUGUUUGUUUUGAAAAGAUAUCGAACAGAAGAUGGUCCGGCGAGCAAGCAGAUUUUUCCGCUGAUUAUGUUGAAACUGCGAUGAAUAUUCUCGAGAUGUACAUACAGUAUGUGAGAAGAUGUGAGGUACACCCCCCCCCCCCCAAAAAAAAACACCUUUCACCACUUAUCCUUGAUAUUUAAGACCAAAAUAUGCUGCUGGUUCAAUGAUACUGUCAUGGUGUGUGUGAGUAUAGAUAUUAUUUUUGUAAACUACACAUUAGAUUUGUACGAGGAACACAAAUGCACCAUUUUUAUUUUUUAUUUUUUAUUUUUUGAAAGGCGUUCUUACUGCUGGAGAUGUUCCAAUGAAGAAAAUAAUACUUUUUGACACUGAAAGCAGAGUUUUUGUUGUUGAUGUUGUGGUUUUGGAUUAAAUCAUUUGAGACUUUCAUGCAUUUUUGUCUUUUUUUUUUGUUAGGUGAGGCCUAAGUUCUGUUCUGGUUUAACGUCUGAGCAGAGUCACUGAUAUCAACGAGGUCGUUAUUUCCUUUUCAGAACGGGUGGAGUUGUUAUUUUGGCCCCCUGGGAAAGCAAACAAAUGAGUGGAGUGUUUUUUUUUUUUUCCCCUCCUUAAGAGUGUUCUCAUUCGGGUUGGGGAGGUGAGUGUGGUGCAUUCAUGGUCUGGGUAAACAACAUGUUUGCUUGGGGUCAGCUAAUUUGUGGCAUCGCUUAGACCAGGGGUCUCAAACUCAAAUUUACUUGGGGGGCCACUGGAGCUAGGGUCUGGGUGAGACUGGGCCGCAUCAGGUUUUCCAAAAAAAAACGAAAAAAAUGCAUUUAUUAAAAACAGAAAAAUUAAUAAACUUUGCUUUGGUUCAGAUUUUCUACAAUAAAAGCUCUGAUAAAACAUUCCACUGUUCUCAAAUAU